AUGUUGUGCUAUACGUAUGGUGGGUCGAGGAGAAUUAUGCGUGGGGCGUGCGCGUGCGCGGUGGUGUGCGCGUUGGUCGCGUUGUGCGCGGGCGCGGGACUCGACGAGGCGACACGCGCCGCGGCCGAGCGGCAGCUGCUGUCCCUGCUGGGGCUCCCGCGCCGGCCAGCGCGCCGCCUCGCGCCGCAGCCGCCAGUGCCCCGCGCCCUGCGCCUGCUCUACGCCGGCGGCACCAUCCCCGCCGCCGCCGCCAACACAGCGCGCUCCUACCAUCACACUCCCACCGACCUCGAUCGACGCUUCCCCGCGGAACACCGCUUUCGGCUGUACUUCAACCUGAGCGCGGUUCCGGCGGACGAGGUCGCGCGGGGCGCCGAACUCACCUUUCAAAGAGCGCCCGAAGCGGUUGGCGAACAGAGGCUCCUGCUCUACGACAUCGUUCGACCCGGCCGCCGCGGCAAAACCGAGCCCGUUCUUCGGCUCCUAGACUCUGUGCUUCUGAGGCCCGACGAGGGUACCAUCAAAGCGGACGCGUUGGGUGCCGCGCGUCGAUGGCUCACGGAGCCGAGAGACAAUCAUGGACUACUAGUGCGUGUCAUAGACGAAAAAGAGCGAAAUACGAACGCUAAAGUGCCACAUGUGAGAGUGCGUAGACGUGCAUCGGAGGAUGAGGAGGAGUGGAACGCGGUACAGCCGCUGUUGCUGUUGUAUACUGAGGACGCGCGAGCGAGAGAAGCUCGGGAAAAGAGUGAGACUCGACUCACGAGAAACAAGAGAGCGACCCGAAGGGGGCACCGCUCGCAUCACCACCGCAAGGAGGCGCGCGAGAUCUGCCAGCGGCGGCCGCUGUAUGUGGAUUUCGCGGAGGUGGGUUGGAGCGACUGGAUCGUGGCUCCGCACGGGUAUGAUGCUUACUACUGCCAAGGAGACUGCCCGUUUCCUCUGGCAGACCACCUGAACGGGACAAACCAUGCCAUAGUACAAACUCUCGUUAACUCUGUGAACCCGGCGGCCGUGCCUAAGGCGUGUUGUGUGCCCACACAGCUCUCGCCUAUAUCUAUGCUUUACAUGGAUGAAGUUAACAAUGUGGUGCUCAAAAACUAUCAGGAUAUGAUGGUGGUGGGAUGUGGCUGCCGAUGACGAAGGAGCCCCCACGACCGGUGCGGACCUAGUGAUAAACUCGUGGACCCAGUGUACAUAUAGUAGUGGCCUCGAAAUUGUACAUAUAUAUGUGUGUAUAUAUUCGUGUAAUUAUUAUUUUAUUCAAACGAAAAUAUAAUAAAUCAUAUAAUUCUGAAA